UUGGAUUCCAUUGCCUACAAGUUGAAAGACUUUUAUAACAAAAAACUUCAAGUUCCCACGCUUCCCAAUUCCCUAUAUAAGCUUGCCGAAUUCAUCAAAGUACUCAAAGGAAAAAUCACUAAUCAUUUCUCCACCAUGACCAAGCAUCUGUAUGUUUGGGUUUCUUUUACCAUCUUAUUUAUCUUAAUUAAGCUAGCAAAAGCUGACAAUUAUAUUGUCCAUAUGGACCUCUCAGCCAUGCCCAAAGCCUUCUCUAACCACCAAAGCUGGUACUUGUCCACUCUUUCAUCUGUAUCACCCAAAUCCAGAGCUCAAACCAACAUUAAUCUCCCUUUUUCUAAACUUAUCUAUACCUACAACCAUGUUAUUCAAGGUUUUAGUGCAAGUCUCACACCUGCAGAGCUUGAGGUCUUGAAGAAUUCUCCAGGGUAUGUUUCUUCUGUUAUAGAUAGAACUGUGAAGGUCGAUACAACCCAUUCUUUCAAGUUUCUUGGCUUGAAUUCCGGUACCGGUGCUUGGCCGGUGUCAAAUUUCGGCAAGGAUGUCAUUAUCGGGGUGAUUGAUACUGGGGUUUGGCCAGAAAGUGAAAGCUUUAAUGAUAAUGGGGUGACUGAUGUUCCAUCGAGAUGGAAAGGAGAAUGUGAAAGUGGCAUCCAAUUCAAUUCCUCAUCGUGCAACAAAAAGCUCAUUGGUGCUCGGUUUUUCAAUAAAGGCCUGAUUGCGCACAAUCCCAAUAUAACUAUCUCAAUGAAUUCUCCGCGGGACACUGAAGGACACGGCACCCACACUUCAACAACUGCUGCUGGAACUUAUGUCGAAGAUACAUCGUACUUUGGCUAUGCCGUGGGAACUGCAAGAGGAAUGGCCCCAGGAGCUCGUGUGGCCAUGUAUAAAGCUCUCUGGGAAGAAGGAGCUUACACCACAGAUAUAAUUGCAGCCAUUGAUCAAGCGAUCGAUGACGGUGUUGAUGUGCUUUCCAUGUCAUUAGGCUUGGAUGAGCUUGAGUUGUAUGAAGACCCAAUUGCAAUAGCCACAUUUGCCGCCAUAGAGAAGAACAUCUUCGUUUCGACGUCUGCAGGAAACGAAGGACCAGAUGUGGAGACCUUGCACAAUGGAACACCUUGGGUUUUAACCGUCGCGGCCGGCACCAUGGAUCGAGAGUUCGUCGCAACGUUAAAUCUUGGUAGCAAAGGGCCAGUCAAUGGUAUAGCUCUCUAUCCUGGGAAUUUCUCUUCAAGCGAAUUCCCAAUUGUUUUCAUGGACGCAUGUGGCAACACAACUGAUCUGAGGAAAACCAAGCAGAAGAUCAUUGUGUGCCAAGAUCCAGGCAAGGAAGACUCCCUCAAUGACCAGUUUAACAACGUUCAAGUAGCUGGAAACAUUGCCGGUGUCUUCAUAACAAAUAACAGUGACGUGGAUGUAUUCGCCCAAAGCCCAUUUCCAGCCAUUUUCUUGGAACAAAAAGAUGGUGAUGCAGUUGUGGAGUUCAUUAAGACCAACAAUGACCCAAAAGCCAGCAUUGAAUUUAAAAAAACAAUCCUGGGUAUAAAACCUUCACCAAGGGUAACUAGCUAUACCUCUCGAGGUCCUUCCUACAGUUGUCCAUCUGUUUUAAAGCCUGAUAUUAUGGCCCCUGGCGACUCGGUCCUUGCUGCAUGGCCUACAAACAUUGGAGCAGCUCGUGUAAACGAGGACCUGGUGUUUUCAAACUUCAAUCUACUUUCGGGAACAUCCAUGGCAUGCCCCCAUGUUUCAGGAAUAGCAGCACUUUUAAAAGCAUCAUAUCCUGAUUGGAGCCCCGCCGCCAUCAGAUCAGCUUUGAUGACUACAUCGGAUCAGAUCGAUAACACCGGCAGUCCUAUAAAGGAUAUGGGCGAUAAUCUCCGGCCAGCCAAUCCUUUAGCAAUGGGAGCUGGCCAUGUCAAUCCCAAUAAAGCGUUGGACCCUGGACUUGUAUAUGAUGCUACGGUUCAAGAUUAUGUGAAUCUUCUAUGCGGUUUAAACUUCACAGAAAAACAAAUCAAAAUCAUCACGAAAUCAUCUUCAAACAACUGCUCCAACCCUUCUCUGGAUCUCAAUUACCCUUCUUUUAUUGCGUUUUUCGACGAUACGGGCGCAAAACCAAAUUCAACGGCCAUGUUGGAGUUUCAAAGAACUGUGACAAAUGUUGGAGGUGGGAGCUUCACCUACAGAGCAACUGUAACACCAAUCAAUGGACUUAAGGUGACGGUGGAACCAGACAAACUGGUUUUCACUGCAAAAUACGAGAAGAAAAGCUUCAAACUGAGCGUUGAAGGUCAAAGACAACUGAAUGAAGCAGUGUCGUUUGGUUAUCUUAUUUGGGAAGAUAGUGGAAGAAAACAUGUUGUUAGAAGUCCAAUAGUUGCCACAAGCUACAAAAUAGAAAAAUGACCAACUCCAUUUUUUUUCCAUCUUCAAGUUUCUACUUUGAUGAAUAAAGAAUGCACAAGGUUUAAGCAAA